ACAAAAAAAAACAGUCAAAUGGUAAAAAAAUAGUAAAGGCAGGGACAAAGCCUUAAGGGUAACUGUUUCACAAAUUACAUUAAGAGACAGAUGAGCAUCUGAACAAGAUCAAAAGGCCACAGGAGUUGAUGAGGAGGGCUAUAUUACUUGCAGAAAUAUCAUAAAAUGUUAAGUUCUACAUUUUUGAUUAAUUUUCAUUGCUUUAGGUUUGUUUUCCCAUGUGUUUCACCCUGGUUUCCUUAGCCCUAACUAAGCUUCUGUUGUAUGGCUUGCUUUAAAAAAAAAAAAGUGUCUUUUCAUAGAUAAAUGCUAGCAUUAAAACUGGUAAUAAUGUAUUUGCCUGUAUAAAUCAACCUUCUCAGAUUCAGUAAAGAAAGAGUUAAUGGUGUCAACAGUAAGCAGGACGCUGUUAGCCUUAUGCAUAUGAUGGGAUGAAUAAUUCAGUGUCUUCGGGAAAUGCAAACUGCAGUAGAAUUCAAGCGACCCCGUCAGAAAGUCAGUCAGUGCUUUACUUGUUAACAGAAAUAAAAGUCACCAGAAAGAAGAUGCUUAACGAUGACAAGCAGGGAUUGCUUAGUAGUUGAGUUGUGAGAAAGAUAGUAGUUCUCGGUCGGGAAUGGUCUGCAGUGAUAACGAUGCCUGCAUUCUGACAGUUGUCAGGUGACUUUCUGCUGAAAUGAGUGCUCAUGGGAUGGGGACGCUCCUUUGCUGUCAGAAACAAGAUAUUUUCUCAGGUUUUUCAUCCCAGAGCAAGGUUACUGCUACCCAGGACAGCACUAAUUUGCGAUGUAUUUUCUGUGUGUUCUAUUUAGGGCCAACAUUGCCUAGACAAAAUUCACAACUACCUGCUCAAGUUCAAAAUGGCCCAUCCCAAGAAGAGUUGGAAAUCCAGAGAAGGCAGCUGCAAGAACAGCAGCGGCAGAAGGAGCUGGAGAGAGAGAGGAUGGAGAGGGAACGGUUGGAGAGAGAACGGCUAGAGAGAGAGAGGCUGGAGAGGGAACGCCUGGAGCAGGAGCAGCUGGAGCGCCAGCGCCAGGAAAGGGAACACUUGGAGCGCCUGGAGCGGGAGAGGCUGGAGCGCCUGGAGCGGGAGAGGCAAGACCGAGAGCGCCUGGAGCAGCUGGAGCAAGUGGAGUGGGAGCGGGAGCGCAGAGUGUCCAAUGCUGCUCCAUCUUCAGACAGCUCCCUGUGUAGCGCUCCACUUCCUGAGUAUGCCAGUUGCCAGCCUCCUCCGGCACCUCCUCCAUCAUAUGCUAAAGUCAUCUCAGCUCCAGUGUCAGAUGCCACUCCUGAGUACGCUGUAGUGACUGCUUUGCCACCUACUUCCACACCCCCUACACCACCACUGCGACACUCAGCGACACGUUUUGCAACAUCUCUAGGUUCAGCCUUCCACCCUGUUCUUCCCCAUUACGCCACGGUUCCCCGUCCUCUGAACAAAAACUCUCGACCUUCUUCUCCUGUGAACACACCCUCUUCUCAGCCUCCAGCUGCGAAGUCCUGUGCCUGGUCUACUUCCAAUUUCUCGCCCCUCCCUCCAUCUCCUCCGAUAAUGAUUAGCAGCCCUCCUGGUAAAGCUACUGGCCCCAGGCCUGUCCUCCCCGUCUGUGUCUCCUCUCCCGUGCCCCAAAUGCCUCCGUCACCGACAGCACCCAAUGGGCUGCUGGACUCUGUAACAUACCCAGUGUCUCCACCGCCUACCUCAGGGCCAGCAGCGCCGCCACCUCCGCCGCCACCACCGCCGCCGCCGCCACCGCCACCUCCACCGCCGCUGCCUCCCCUCGCUUCUUCGCUCUCACACUGUGGAUCACAGGCUUCUCCUCCUCCAGGCACCCCUCUUGCCUCAACUCCCUCAUCCAAGCCCAGUGUUCUCCCUUCUCCCUCUGCAGCUGCCCCUGCCUCUGUGGAGACCCCUCUAAACCCUGAGCUGGGAGACUCCUCUGCUUCCGAGCCAGGCUUGCAGCAGGCAGCCUCUCAGCCGGCCGAGACGCCAACCCCACAGGGCCUUGUCUUGGGACCACCUGCACCUCCACCACCCCCACCCCUCCCAACAGGCCCUACCUAUGCCUCAGCACUUCCUCCCCCCCCUGGGCCACCUCCACCACCUCCACUGCCAUCUACUGGGCCUCCUCCACCUCCUCCCCCACCCCCUCUUCCUAAUCAAGUUCCUCCCCCCCCCCCCCCCCCUCCCGCCCCGCCCCUCCCUGCAUCUGGAAUUUCCUCUGGACCCCUGUCAGAAGACAAUCGCCCAUUGACUGGACUUGCAGCUGCGAUUGCUGGAGCCAAACUUAGGAAAGUGUCUCGGGUGGAGGAUGGCUCUUUCCCAAGUGGAGGGAGUACUGUGGGUGUGAACUUGGCCUCAUCCAAAACAGAUGCUGGUCGUGGGAAUGGACCCCUUCCUCUAGGGGGUAGCGGCUUAAUGGAGGAGAUGAGUGCCCUGCUGGCCAGGAGGAGAAGAAUUGCUGAAAAAGGGUCAACCAUAGAAACAGAACAAAAAGAAGACAGAAGUGAAGAUUCAGAGCCUGUAACUUCUAAGGCCUCUUCAACAAGUACACCUGAACCGACCAGAAAACCUUGGGAAAGAACAAACACAAUGAAUGGCAGUAAGUCGCCUGUCAUCUCCAGACGGGAUUCUCCAAGGAAAAAUCAGAUUGUUUUUGACAACAGGUCCUAUGAUUCAUUACACAGACCCAAAUCUACACCUUCGUCACAGCCCAGUGCCAAUGGAGUCCAGACAGAAGGACUUGACUAUGACAGACUGAAGCAGGACAUUUUAGAUGAAAUGAGAAAAGAACUAGCGAAGCUGAAGGAAGAGCUUAUUGAUGCAAUCAGGCAGGAACUGAGCAAGUCGAAUACUGCAUAGAGAAGCGAACUAAGAGAGACAGGACUUGAAUCUGGAGAAAAACAAGAAAUCCUACAAACAACUGUUAACAACCCCCUACGAUUUUUAAGCUGCAAGAAGAAAAUGGAUACAGUCAGGAGGGAAAAAGCGCCAACCUCUGAAAGCCUUCAGACAUAGCAACUCUGGCAAUCAGCUGCUCCCUCCCGGCGUGCUCCUGUUCUGACCUUUACCGCAGGAUGAAGACUUGUGUUUGAAUUCCCUAGCAGUACUAAACCCAUCAGGCAAGAAAUAUUUUCAUGUCUAGAUGAAGCUGCACGUUUUCCACAAUCCAUUGCUAAAAUAAAGAUAAAGGCUUAGGAGGUUUUUUUCAGGGGGCGCUGAUGAAGAAUUUAAUUUAGCAAGUUCUGCUGUUGCAUUGUAAACGUUUCUCUCAGGUUUGUCUUCCUAUCAUAUUUGAUAUUCCGUGAAUAGUGAAGAUCAUAAAAUAUGGAACAAAUGGAAUUGUAUGUGCUUUCAAAGGGUGGUAUUUAUAAGAAAGGUCCUAAAAUGUUUAGUCCCACUUGAGGAAUUUAGAAUGAUAGGAAGUCUCUCGGGUUAGCCUUCAUGCAAUUUUGUAGUUUAAAACAAAAUCCGUCCAGAAUUUAAAUAUUUAGAUGCCUUCCUAAAUUGUUACAAUGCUUUACCAAAUCUAUGACUUCUAUAUACAAACAGUGGUCAAAUGUAAAACAUUCUAUUAUAGAUUUCCUGUAGGUUUUCAACCUUUUUUAGACUUAUGCAUGCGGACAUUUUUAUAAUGUAAUUACAAUCACAACAAAGUUAGCUUUUUUAAUUACAGACAGUAAUGCAUGUCACACUAAUAUGUAGUGGCCUUUUCAAGGCCUAGUCCCAGGGGAAAAUAUUUUGUAGAAUAUAGGGAAGUGGGAGGAAGGGGAGGAAUAAUUUUUUAUUUAAAGUUAAUUCUGCACUAUCUUUUUUUUUCUCAAUUAUCUGCAUGAAUUAUGAGAAAUAUUUUGUGACUUUAGUCGAUAAACAUGUUAACAAAACCAAGUACUUAAUCUUUUACAUCAUGUCUUCAGCUAUUUGUAUUUUAACCAGCAAUUCCCAUGGUCUGAAGCAUGAUUCUGAGCUUCACAUGAAUUACACCUCACUGUGGACCUCCAGAGUUUGAUCACUGAACUUGGCAGUUGCUGUCACCAGACCCUGCAGUGCUGCGGGUGUCUGGGUGCAUGCUCCUGAGUGGAUGCUGCUCUUGACCUUGGUUGUGCUGAAAUGCAAGAAAUAUCAGUGAUGGCAGCAGUUGGGGUCACAGAAGUCACCAGAUAAAGGGAAACCAGUGGGGAGUUCUGCAGUUUUCUUUUCAUAAAACUGAAGUGAUACUUAGACCCAGAGAGAGAGGGGUGUGUGUGUGUGUGUGUGUGUGUGUGUGUGUGUGUGUGUGUGUGUGUGUGUGUGUGUGUGUUGGAUGUGUUCCACCCCUUUAUGUUAUAAUUGGCAAGAUUAAAAUAAGGGAGAAAUUCUAUUUGUUGUAAUGUUAGCUUUUUGGAAAAUCUAGGAAAUCAAAAAUUCUCCAGGCUCUCCAUCAUGGUUUAUGCUUGAGUUAUUCAUGUGCCAUACUUGCUUUGGUUAUCAAAACGUAAAAAAAAAGGGGGGGGGGAAUAAUCCACUUUCUUUUGCUUUCUAGAUUUCAUACAUCUCAGUUUUAAAACAAAGCUUGAUGACAGCGUAGUUUUCUAAACGCUACAAUUUGCAGUCAUCACACUACCGAGAAGUUGAAUGAGGAUUUUUUUUUCCUUGUUAAGAGUUUGUUUCUGUAGAAACUUCAUUUUUAGAUUAAACUGUGAGGGAUGAGCUACCAUAGUUCAAAUACACAGCUCUUCUUCUGCCUGUUCUCCAUUGUCAUGCAGUAAUAGUUAAGGCAUUGAAGAUGCAGUGAGCUCAUCAGUUGUUCUCUCAAAGAAAUAGUCAUUGCAUUUUACUGUUGAACUUCUGAUUAUGCGCUCCUUUGAUAAUGUAAAUGUGUGCAUCCCUUACAGAUCUGAUCAAACAUCACUUUUGAUUUUGUUGCUGAAAUUAAAUAGUCUGUAAUAGGUAGAGUACUGGGUAUCAGUGGUCCAAAGUGAGACAGAAUACUAAAGUCAGAUGCUAAGUCCUAAAAGAAACUGGUUUAUGCACUAAACGUUUUGUGCCUUGGUCUAAUAUUUAACACAAUGUCUGUGUAAAAUGAUAAAAAAAAAAAAAAAAGAACCAGUGUUGACUCAUGCUAUGUCCUCCAUAAUACUGCAUUAUCCCACAUGGCUAAUGUGUCCCUUCCUAAAGCGUGAUUGGACUAUUCUGUAUGUUCACUGUCAGACAUGACAGUCUUGUCAUUGUUAGAGAUUUCAGUGAUUAAAAUGGGAAACCGAAGCUUAGGUUAUUUUCCCAGAACUGUUCCUUGGAACCGUAGUAUGAUGGUGGGUUUCGCUUUUGUGUGUUGAAUGUCUUCAGCUGAGUACAGUUUAGGGAUCCUUUCUAACUACAGGAAGGCACUGCUCUCCUCAACACUGUGAUCCGACCUGCGACAGCUCUACAACACACCCUGUAAAUGGCUAGCACGUCAAUAGCAAACAACCUGAAUGUACAAACCUUAGUGCUGGUGCUGAAAUCUCUAAAGAAUAGUCGUCAUGAUCUCAGAGUUUGUUCACAACUUACAAGCAUAACGUGUCAAUCAGAACUAAAGAAUGUUGAUUCCUCAUGCUGCAGGUGUAUUUCCUGUUUAGGUUUUUCAGUUCUCUGCUGUUUUUACCAUAACUGUUUCAUUUAAAUUUCUUACACGCUAACUUCAUUUGUGUGAUUGAAAUAAAAUUUCAGUAUAUACA